AAGGUACACUGGGGCAAGUGGAAUUUGGGGGUAAGUGGAUCAAAUAUAAAGUAAACAAAUAACAAAAAAUAUUUUGCUUUGUUUCCACACAACAUCUGCCAAACAAUCAAUAAACAUCUACUAAACGUACUUUUUAGUCGUUGUGAACCACCAGACGCAACCAAAUAUUGCUUUGUUUACAAUCGCAUUUCUGCAGCUGCGAUCAGAGUCGAUUACGCUGUCAGUAAAAUUACAUUUUCGACGAUCGGCAGUUCGGAAAACUGGUUACAUUUCACUACUAGCCACCGGAAGAAUGGUUCGCAAAUACAUUCGCAAGCGUUCUCCUGCUAAAUACAGUGGACAGGACUUGACAGAUGCGAUGGAUGAUGUAAAAAACGGCAAGAUGAAGAUAAAAGCGGCAGCAAAGCACUUCCGAAUCCCAUAUGCAACACUCUUCAAGCGAGUGAAAUGUCUGAGAGGCAUUAAAAGUAUAACGGGAGGCCGACCCACUGCUUUGCCGUUGAAGGUUGAAACACAGAUCGCCGACUGUAUCAAGAAAAUGGAUAAGUGGGGCUUUGGACUAUCCAAAGAGGAGACAAUUUUGGCAAUAGCAGAGUACGUAAAAGUUAACAAGCUUCAAACACCGUUUGUAAGCGGUGUUCCGGGAGACGAUUUUUUCCGGAAUUUUAAGCGCCGGCAUCAUCUAUCGCAAAAAAAGCCCCAAGCCGUUGAGGUCGCACGGAAACGAGGAGCUGAUCCUUUCGUGAUGACCGAAUACUUCAAGCUCCUAAAACAGGUGACCACGAACGUUCCUCCAGAGCAGAUAUAUAACAUCGAUGAGACUAGCUUCUGCCUCGAUCCGAGUCGGGUUAAGACUGUGGGAGAAACUGGAAGAGCUGCUCAUCGUGUCACGGGCGGUUCAGGAAAAGAAAAUUUUACUGUAUUGAUGGGAGGAAAUGCGGCUGGUGACAAAUUACCACCACUUAUUAUUUUCAAAGGAUCCAACGUAUGGAACAGCUGGAUGGCUAGUAAAUGUGAUGAAUUUCCUGGAAUAGUUUAUGCUGCAACCAAAAACGGCUGGAUGGAGACGGAUGUUUUCGCCAACUACUUCGAACGGUCCUUUCUGAGCGCUACCGCUGAGGGACAAUUGGUCCUACUUUACGAUGGCCAUGUAUCACAUGUUUCUCUUGCUCUCAUCCAAAAAGCAAUCGAGAAUAAUGUUGUGAUACUCAAACUUCCGCCCCACACAAGUCAUCUCUUGCAGCCUAUGGACCUGGCGGUGUUUAAACCAUUGAAGCAAGACUAUGACAAGUGCGUUAUCCAGUGGCAACGGAAUCACUAUGGGACGAAGCUGUCUAAAUCAGCUUUUUCAAACAUUAUCUCCAAAGUUUGGAGAUCAUUUGAUUCACAAAUAAUUAAAAAUGGGUUCCGCAAGGCCGGCGUAUACCCGUUUUCCGAUAAGGUGAUUCCGGAAGACAAAUACGAACCGAGAGCAUGGGCACGUUUCAUCGCAUCACAGCAAGCAGCUCAAACGUUAGAUGACAACACUGUUGAGAUCGUCGAAGGAUCGAAGAAGGCGCUUCCAAGAGUAACAAACACCAGAGAUGCAGCUUCAGCAACUUGUAAUUGCAUUGCUUCCUCAACAGGGAAUGACCAAAUGGAAAAUGAUAAUCCACAAAAUAAUUCUUUUGAAGCGAUUCUCCUUGACCAUGUGAAACAGAUUCCUGUUUCCAAAGCGCAGAGAAAAAAAGUUUGUCCUGGGGCAGAAGUUAUAACAUCGACUGAUGCCGUUGUGAAGCUGGAAACGAUCAAAUCGGUUAAAGAGGCGACACAGAAAGCAAAGCGUAAGAGAGCUUCGAAGAAAUCAUAACUGUGGUUAGCGAUGUACCUGCUAUUUUUAUCUAUUGACCUGAUUUUGAAGACUUGCGAAGCAAUAACGAUAUUUAUUGCAUUUUUUUUUUAUUUCCUUAAAUGCAUUGAUUAAUUAAUUUUGUAUUAUCAAAGAAUAAAAGAAAGUGAAUACAGUUUGUUUUAUUCAUUCCCAAACACCUUUUUAACAGAGUUUAACUUGUUGUAAACAUAAAAUUCCAGGUUUCCACUAACCCCCGUAUCAAGGGGUAAGUGGACUUUGGGGACUUGGAGAUUAUUUUUGGCCAAACUUAAAAUCUAGUUGAGGAAUUCAUUUUUCGGUUCCAUAUAUUAAUAGCUAAUCGGCUACAGUAGUGAUGUGUAUAAUUCGUUUUGAAAAAUAAUCAAAAACAGGAAAAAUAGGACACUUUAUUUUUGAAAUAAUGGUUUUUGGGGUUCCACUUGCCCC